GCGUUCAACCACCCGGCGGCCAGACCGCCCACCUCCCUCGCGCCCAAGUGACUUUCCUGUUCCGGAAUGAAUGAGCCGCCAGUCGUUGAAAAGCUUUCGAACCGUUUGCAUCACACUGCUCUCCUCAUUUGUUUUUUGUUUUGAUGGAAAUCUGUGCCGGCCACGUUGUGUGAGAAAUUCCAAUCGGUCGACCAACAUUUCAACGAAAAAGUUUCUUUUUUGAUCAAAUCCAAUAUUUGAAAAUUCAAGAAAUGUCCGGCAAAUUGAACUCGUCGUUGACGACGGCCGAGUGGGUCCACGGACGACGCUCAUCUUCCGAGUCGAGCUCAGUUACUCGUCCGGACCGUGAAAGCGCUGGCCGUUCAUCACACCCCGGAGUGGCGGUGCCAGUGCGCAGUGAUUCCAGUCUCUUGUUCACCAAAUGGCUAAUGAAGAAGCAACAGGCCAACAGCAGUUCGGAAAAUGAUUCCAGCGGUCCGGGCAAGCCGUCGCCCCAACAGCCAAUUCCAAUGGCAGGUUCCAUCGGUCCCGGUGGCGUUGUCAUCGGCAUCGGUCGGGGUCAGCUCUUUCCCGCCCGGCUGGCCCUGGCAUUAGGAAUGGCUAAAACCCUUUUAGGCGUCCUGCUGGUGGCUUUCGGUGCUUUGGCUCUGUGGGAACAGGCCUCCAUGUCCUAUCUCGGUUCCGGUUUAUGGACGGGAGCUGUUGUGAUACUCAGCGGCCUUAUGGGCAUCAUGGCCGGCCAGAAGCGCACCAACCUGAUCUACAUCGUCGCCUACCUUUUGAUGAGUGUGCUGGCCCUGGCCGCCAUCGGUCUAUUGCUCAUCUUCGCCGCUACUGGACUGGCACGAGACUCGGACGCACCUCACGGAUACUUUGUCGAUCAAGAGGAAGGGAGUCGAGUGGAAUUCCUCGGAACUGUGCCGUUGAGGCAGCGGCCAAUCAUCAUCAACGCCGUUCUAGUUGCCAUAGGAACUUUGUCGACGAUCCUGUCGCUGGCGGCCGUGGUGAUUUGCCUGCGUGAAGCGUGUCUGUGUUACGGUCCCCAGACUUCGGCAGGCGGCGGCCAACACCGUCGACUGGUCAACAGUAACAGCAGUUGCAACAGUAGCCAUCAUCACAAAAUUGGCGCUAAUCGCAUCGGUUCCGUUCCCAAUAUGAAUCUCCUGACGGCCGAUCAAAGCCCAGAGGGUCAGGCCAGAGCUUACCGUCUGUUACGCUGGUUGCGCCAGUCUCAUCAUCACCAGCAACAACAACAACAACAAAGACGUCCACCACCGCCACCUCUGCUCCGACGCCUCUAUAGCCCACAGGUCCCCAUGGUGGCCCAUCCGAUUCCAGUUGCGAUUCCGACGACGCCAGCGGCUGGCGGGCAUCCGCCAGUCGGUUUCCCGUCGUUCGUUACCGGAGCUCCGACCGCUUACGUCAUUCCAGCCGGUGCCGUCCCCGUACUCCAGCCAAUGAUUUCCGGACCAGCCUUCUACUCGCUCACGAGCCUUCCUUCUCUUCAUCACCACCACCCGUCCAGCAUGCCACCGCACAUGCACCACCACGCUAAUUACAUGCACCGGCCGCCAGAGAUGGCCAGUCUUCCGGCUGCACCCACAGCCGCUACUCCCGGCCCGUCUCGCUGUGAGAAUCCGCACAACAACAAUAAGAAAGACAACAAAAAGAAGAAGAACAAGAGCAGCUCGGAUGAGAAACGAGUCCGCAAGUCUCGCAGCGAGGCCGAAGACCAACCGGAAGCGACUCAACAUCAACCGAAACGACCGACGACUGGUGGGCCUCAGCAAUUCAUCUCUUUCGGUAUGGCCCCACCGCAACAGCUGACGACGCCAUCGAUGGACGUCGACGGUGAGAGUAUGGUCAGCGGUUACAUUUACACGGGGAUGGACCGCGACAUUGCCGAAGAAUUCAUCCUACAUUCCAUGACGAUUCCGGCACAGGCCAGCGGCAGCGUCAAGAGCGGCGCCACCGAUAAACGCGAGAUGUUCUGAAUGCCCAAAGUUAAACCACCACGUCCUUUCUUUAUUGUACAAUUAAAUCGUCUCAAUUAUUUCUUUAUCAUUCGUUGAUUUUUGUUUUUCUAACCCACUCAAAAGGAAAAAAAAAGGAAGAAUAAUGUUUUGCUAUAGAAUAGUGGCUGUCUUGAUUCAUUUGUAAAUUGAAAUAUCAUAGAGAUAAGAAACAUGUUUCCAGCCAACCCUUUUUUGACGGCAACCGCGCUGUCAUUCAAACGUGUCGUUUUUUUUUUUAUUUUCUGAAACACAUUUCGUUUAAACAAGAAAAUUUCCCAACGCAGUCAUCAGACAUCUCAACUUUUCGUUUCUUUUUGAAUAGGGGGGAUGUUUUUGUGCUUCCAACUAAUUUCCUGAAUUUACCAAGUCGAUGGAUGAGGGCCUAUUACAACUUUCUCUCGCGACUUCGGAUAUCCGUCGUUGCUGUCAACCUCCCCUCCCCCAGACGACGUCACGCUUUCUCUUCUUCCGCGUCUCUCUCUUUGUUCUGACCUCAAUCGGGAUUGAUUCCGUUCGUUCAUCUUAACUUUUUUGUUUUUGUUUUAUUGAUUUCACGACCGACGUAACACAUGCAGACACACAGAAAAAAAAAAAGAGAGCUAGGAAACGACACUGAACACAUAGAUUCGAGAGAGUAUGUCGAAAAGAAAAUCGAAGGUGCGCAAUAAAAUAGGGAAAGAAAUCCAGCCAUCCGCAAAAAUAAAAA